UAGUUAAAAUCAGUUUAUGUACACUUUGUCGAGGGAAUGUAAACAGAAAUGUACUGGACUUGGAGAAGAAAGUGUUUAAAACCAUUUAUUGAUCAAUGUGAAAAAUAUAUAUGUGAAAAUAUAGGAAAUAUAUAUGAAAAAGAGAAUAUUUUUGGAUUUGAGUAAAGGUGUGAUCUGCUUACUUGGAUUUUUAACAAAGGAGUAUUGUGUUUGGUUUAUAAUAUUUUCCCAAUCAGAAUGUAAUUAUUAAUUAGAAUUGUGCAUAUUGAAUAUCUGCAAUAAAACUGUAAAUGUCACUUUAGUGGUUAAGGAGAUAAAGAUGGAAAUAAUCAGGCUGGUAUCUAACAGAUAGAAAGAAUAGACCUAUUGAAUAAUGUUUUUCAAUAGGUUGGAAAUAAAAAAGGUGUAAAAGCACCAGAAAUCAAUUUGAGGAAUAAUACUUACAUUAAAUAUGGGGCAAAUAUCUUCAAGCAGAUUGGAUCAACAAAAUGGAAUUCAUCAUCAACAUCAGAAUGGUGACAAAUCUUACAUAAAUGGACAUGGUCAAAUUUACACCUUGGUUAGGAGUGAACCUGACAGAGAAAGUCAGAAAUCUCUUAAUUUAAAGAAAUUAAAGAAAGAAAAAUCAAAAGAGGCCAGGAAAGAUGGCAAUAAAACAAAAAGUAAAACUGAAGUAUGCCGAAAUAUUGCAAGGUAUGAUUCUGCCAAAUAUGGUGCAGAUGGUGAAAAAAGGAAAGGUAUUAAAGAAGUGACAAUGACAACAAAUGGACAGGAAUAUGUCGAGAAUAUAUCCGUUUCAAAAAAUACAGAAGAGCAGCCUGUAGGACAGGUACCAUUGACACACUACAGAAAAUGUGAAAAAGUGAAGCUUGAAUAUAGCAAAAAUGGAAAUAAUUCAGAGAGGAUUAGGCUUGUUGAAAAACAUAAUGGAAAAACAAAAAAUGGAAAUAUUGAACAGCUAAAUAGACAGUUUGAAGAUUUUGUAACAAGAUUGAGGAAAGAAGCUGGCAUACCACAAGCGACUGAUGUAUCAAACAAAGAAAAGGAGACAGAUAGGAGUAAGGAAGCAUUUAUGGACAUGUUGGCAUCGAGAUAUCCACAGUAUGCCGAGAAAAUCAGUUCAACAGCCAGUGAGGAUGGAUUUCCUGUCAGAGGUCGUUCACGGGAUCCCCGUCGUAGAGCUACUGUCGGAUACUCACAGCAGCACAACAGGUCCAUGGAUUACGAGGGAACAGUGUCCGAGGCAGAGGGCCCAACAUUCCAUCGGGGAGGGUUUGUACGAUCUAGUCUUCCUGCAGCUCGCAGCCCUCCAUCUAUAGAUAAACCACCUGGUCUAGUGUUUCUUAUAUUCCGUGAUGAAACAAAGAAAGCCCUGUUACCUAAUGAAAUAACGCAUCUAGACACUGUGCGUGCCAUGUUUGUUCGCUCAUUUCCUGGUAAAUUGACAAUGUCGUACUUAGAAUCACCAAAGAGGAAAAUUUACAUUCUAGAAGCUCGAACCAAUAUAUACUACCAGUUAGAAGAUCUCAGGGAUAUCAAGGACCGUACAGUAUUACGUGUACAUGAAUGUGACAGUGAGGAGCCGCAGCGGGUUCAUGAGAAGCCCGAGGUCAGAGGUCGAACUAUACAAAUACCAGCAGGAUCUCAGGGCUUCUAUGGCACACUACCAGCUUCAGCAAUCACUAGUCAGGUCCAUCAUAAAGCACAGACACUGCCCUCGCAUAUGCACCAUCCUGUUUACAUGUCACAUGAUGACAUUAGCCAAUCACCAGCCAGAACGGCUUAUGAAAGGUCAAGGUCACUUACCCCUGACCCUAUUAGAUCAGCAAACUAUGCUCAGAACCCUAUAUAUGGAAGAAUGGGUAUUUCCCCAGAAAGACCCCCACCACCACAAGAUAGAGUAGGACCACCUGACCGACCUCUUGUACUUAGAACUAUUCCAGAGAACAACCUAAUGAUGAAUGGCAUAAAGAAUGGUGCGGAAUAUUAUGAUUAUAUGGAUGGAUAUGGUCGACCAUCUGGUGCACCAUCACCACGGCAAAGUUCCCGACCUUCUCCUCGACAAGCUAUGUCCCCGCCGGCUAUACCAUCAGUACCAAGAGUAGAACCUACACGACGAGCUUUCUCCCCGCCGCCAAAUCUACAAAACUAUGAUUAUAUUCAGGUUAUUCCCAGUAGUCAAGCCUCACAUAGUCAAGGCACGUAUAUUGUGAAAGGUGCUAGAGCUAAUACUGUUGUUACUCCUCAGCGAGCUACUGUAGCAUCACAACCAACAACAAAAGCCUCAUCACAUCAGCCUCAGACAGGACAGUCCCAGAAUAUCCCUCAGCAAUCUUGGCGUGAAAGGUCACCAGUAGGGAGACAUUCAUUACCAAUGUCUUCAGUUCCGUACAGUGGGUCUGGCACAAUUCAUCAGCGAUCUCAGAGUUACAGGGUACCUGGCACAUCAGAUAGGGAACCAUUACUUGUUACCCGGCCACGCAGUAUGACACCCUCACCACUAGACAUGCAAGAUGUGGAUACUACAAGGGAUCGUAUUGACAAAAUGGAGCAUCAGCUUGCCCAUCUUGCAGCGUGGGUACAGACAGCAGUUGUACAAUCAUCCAGUAGUACAGGAGCACCAUCUAGUGUUAAAAGUACAAGUAGUGUAACGUCUGAUACAAGCCCGCUGUUAGACUCAGCUAGUGGUAAAAUUGAGGCAGAGGUGAGGGGCUUUAGGGAGCUUCAAGGUUUGACAGACAUAGCUUCAGACGAUACUCCAACAUUGUCUCAGGACAUGAAGAACAAUAUAUUGUCUAUAAAACAUCAAGCAGACGCAUUACGAUCAGAUCUACGCAGCUUACGUCGUUUACAACAAAUAAAUAAAGAAUCCAUCUUGGAAACUGUUGAUGAUGCAUGGAGAAAAAUCAGGGAGGCUUUGUCUUCUGUUCCGGGUGCUGAGCAUUUAUUGAUACGUCAACAACGAAAUGAAGUGGAUGUGAUGUACAAAAUCUACCUCGAGGAUAAGGCACAGGCUGAGAAAGAACUCGGAGAUUUGGAGCAUGCUGUAGAAGAGUUACGGUCUGAUGUUCUAUCCCGACAGUGCCGUGUACAGAUGACCGAUGUUGAAGGAAUGGCUUUAGUACUGAGUCAUGUGACUAAACAACUGGGUGACCUUAAAGCAAGGUUUCCGAAACUUCAAGAGAGGUUGAAGUUUGUAAUGUCAGCCGAGAUGGAGGUCAUAAUCAGGGAAGAGAAGUUUUUGAAGGAAGAACCAGAAAAACUUGACAAUUCUUUGAAGAAAUGUAAAAAGCUUACAGGAACUCUCUUCACACUUAAAAGACUGGCUUCAGUACAAGAGCAUCGACCACCUCAGGUUGUAGCGUUAUCAGCCCAAGCUAAAAUACCAACAAUGGAGGAUAAGAAAGCAGUGUUACAGAAUAUACAGGCAAUGAUACCUGAUCAUGAGGCCAGACUUCAUGGUAUACAGGCAGCUGAAACUGCUCGCCAAAUAAAGAAGAAGAUAACUACUCAGCAAGAAUCACUCAGAUUUGGUAAAUCAUUAGAACUAGCCAGUAAAGCAUUAAAACCUUAUGGUGCUGCCCCCACUUCUCAACCAGGGGGACCAACCACUGCUGCUUCCCAUCAGGCAUCAACUGGAGAUGUAUAUUCAUCGUCACCGUCAGAGCUAGGUACCGAUACAUCAUCUGUUAUAUCAUUUGUGAUGCCAAUGUCUACGUCCACACCAAAGAGUGCUAGUCAACAAUCUACCUCAGAUAAAGAAACUUCCGCCACAUCUCCAUCGAUGUCGUACCCAGUUAUGUCCCUAGUUAGAUCUGUCUCUCCUGUCAAACAACAGUCACAGUCUAAAGGUCAGACAGAUACUAAAAAAGUUUAUGAAUAUAAAGGUCAAAGGGAGGAGGGCAGAAGAAAAGAGAAAGGAUUGGAUGGCAAAAGUGGAAAAAAUGUAGAUUUUUCCGCGGAACCGGCUGUUCUUCCUGUUACAUCAAGUGAGACAGCUGCUCACAAGAAGAGUGAGAAGGCACCAUCUGCUGAUAAAUCACCAGACAAACCAAAAACUACAGAAAUAAAUAAUCAGAAAUCGGCUGCAAGGGCUGCAUUUUUUAGUUCAUUAGCUUCACCACAUACUCCUACAACAGCAUCAACACCGACAUCAACUGUAUCAUUGUCUAUAGAGUCACCAACAGAAGUGUAUUCUAAGAUCUCACCAGGUGUUAAUGUAUCACCUAUCAAGGGCAUUCCAUCAUUAGUCCGUAGUUCUGCUGUCACAAUGCCAUCAAGUUCACUAAGUGCAUCAGUUAGUCAGUCACAUGCGUCUGUAACUAAACCAUCAAGCCUUCCAGUGAGUGGGUCAUCAGUUGUAUCAUCUCAGAAAUUUAGUCCAGCUUCUCCCUCUAAUUCAUCUCAGCAAAGCACGUCACGACCAAGGACAGCUUUCACAGCCAUUCCAAAGCCAUAUUCACCAACAAAAUCUACUCCAAGUCCAUUGACACCAGAAUCACCUAGAUAUCGUAUUCCCCCUAGUCAACAAACUAUAAUAUAUUCUCAUGCUGGAGCUAGGACUUCACAACUUAAACAGCCAAAAGAUAUAUCUGCACGUCCCAAGAAAGUUCCGCCACCCCCACCACCUAGGAAAAGCAGCAAAGUUCCAGGGCAUGCAGUUCUGGCAGUAAAUGCAGCUACUGUGAAUGGCCAAUUAAAGACUAAACAUUCUGAUUCUAAAAGGUCACAAGAAUCAAGCAAGGAACGCACAGACAUUAUUAAACCACCAAAGCAAUUUGCAAAUGUAGAAUUAGACACUAAAGUGGAGAGGAAGUCAAGCAUAGGAUCAUUAAAACAAUUUACAACUCCAUUAUUAGAAAGUAAAAGAGAUAAAUCAUUAGAAAGAGAUCAAAAACCACCAGAAAUGGUCGGCAAGAAAUUUUCAUCCUCAAAUUUAGAUACAGAAGACAAAUCUUCCAAAAACAUUGAAAAAGACCUUGACCUUACUAAGGAAGAUCAAACUGUUUGUCCUGAUUUGGAACAAAGUACUCGAAAAGUUGUUGAUGGUAAAGUUACAAAUAUAAGUGCAGAAAAAAGUAGCAGAACAUUUCAUGAAGGAAGUGUAGAGAGUACAAGUAGUUCUAGUAGUCUAGACUCUCAACAUGACGCUGUCUGGGUGAAGCAGAAGUAUGAAUCAGCAGAAACAAGCUCUGCUGUGACCCUGUCUAGUCAGGGUCAACCAGAAGAUUUGUCUGUUUCAGCAGAUAGUGUGGAGACUGUAAUAGAAGAGAGAAAUAAAUCAGAAAAUGUAAAUGUUAAGAAGCCAAAACCGCCUCCCCCAGAACGUAGGUCAAGUUUGUCGUCUAAGUCAAGGACUGAGACAGAGGAUAUAACAUCAGAAAGAAAGGAAUCCAAAGGCAGCAUUGAUAGAUUAGUUUAAAUGUUUUGUUGUUUUGUUUACCUAGCAAUAUAUUUAUCUCCAUCAAGAAAAAUUAUUUAGAAAUUCAUGUUUGCUUUUUCUAAGUAAAUAAAUUCAAUAAAAAAAAUUGUAAUUUUGUUAAAACCAAAUACAUCAGAAAUAAUUAUUUCAAAUUUACAUGUCAGUCAUACCAUUUUAACCUACAGUCAUAAUGCAUAAGUUAACAUCCCCAUAGCAACAUUGCAUAAUUAGUUUCAUGUGUUUUGAAUAUAGCUCAAUCUCCAACUUGAAGAGCCAAAUUAUGCAAUUUUUUUUGAGAUAGAAUACAUUUAUUUAUAUUUCUCAUAAUUAUGUAAACACUGUGAAAUCAUUUUAUACAUUUAUUGUUAGACUCACCAUACCUCAGUGCAAUAUGUUUUAUUUGUUAUUUAAUGGACACAAAUAAUAUACAAUAAUAUAAUAUUUCUACUUUUUUUUGCGUCCUUCUUUGACAUUUCUUGGCAUUUCUUUUUUAUUAUCUUUCUUUUUCAAAUGACAAAUUAAACUGUAAUUUUUGCAAUAUUUCAUUUUUGUUUUUCACACAUUAUAUGUUAGUGGUUGAACAUUAAUUUAGAAACUGUAUCAUAACAUAUCAUUUUUGAGUUGUUCACAUAUUUACAGAUACAUAUACAGUCAUCUUUUUACAUGAUGAUAUGCAUAAUAAAGAAUGUGAUUUGAUUUUUCAAAAUUUGGAAAAUUAUUAUUUUUAUUUUCAAUUUCAAGAUAAAUUUGCUACUCCAUGUAUCUAUAUGAAUUCAAAUUCUGGUGUGAUUUUAUAAAAGUAUAAAUCUCUACAUGUCUGUUCAACUUGUUUUGCAUAUCAUACUGCUUUACUUACAUCAGUGUCUUUCAGAUGCUGUACUCGUAAAAUAAUAUUUAAUAUAUUAAAUGGAUCUUAUAGAUUUGACUGUAUGGAUGAGUUGAGGUGUAUAAGAUUGUUCAAUUAAUUUUGUUAACUGAACAGAAUGAAAAAACAGGGUACAAUAUGUUUUGUUUUCCAUUCAUUGUAAAAAUUGUCCUGUUGUUUCCUUGUUUCGUACAUUUCGAUUCUGUUGGGCUAUUCCAUGGAACAUUAUUUAACAGGUGUACAUCUAGAAAUUUCUUGAUAAACUGAAUGUGGGACUACUGAUUUUGCAGACAUGAAACAUUCUUAGUAGGGAUUGCAACAAAGUAGCCAGUUUAUUAUGUAAUUGAUGGAGCAUUCAAGUAUUUGGUAACAAAAUUGCCUCUCAAGGACUGAGUACCGUACUGCUAGGUUUAUGUCCACUAUAAACCCCUGCAAAAGUGCAAAUUGACAAAGGUUAACAUCUUAACAUAUAUGUUACAACAACAACUCUUUAACUUCUCUCAAUUUUGACUGCUUAUGACAUUUAAUUACCAGUGUGUUGCCGACUUUUGUUCUAGGUACUUGUUUAAUGUUAACUGCUUUGAAGGGCUAAUAGCUGUCAGAUUAAUUGAUUGAUAAGACUCUAAAAUCAACAAUAUUUGUUUUUAUUCUGUGCAUUUCUAGUACUUGUCAAUCCUGUGUAUUAAUAUCGAAAACAAAAGUGAAUAGGCGAGGGUGACAUUAUCAUAAAUGAAUAACUGUCUGGUUUUACUGAGAAAGCUGAAGGCUUCUGAGAAACUGAGUUGUUGAUAGAAAGAAUGCCUUAGUACUGAAAUCUGUACUCAUCUUACCCAUCCCUAAUUCUUUAACAUCCUUCUUUCUAUUGUUAUAUUAUUACUUUUUAAUCGUAAAUAUGAUUGGUGAGUAAAGGUCUAGAAUUGUAUAAAUGGAGAUCUAAAAUGUUGAUGUAUUGUAUUUAAUGCUGUGAGUUGAUUCUAUAUGAAAGUUUUGUAUAUUUAUAGUGUAUUAUAUUUAUUAUAUUGCAUCCAAAUUGUGUUCAAAUUUAUUAUGUAACAGAGAUGGUGCAAAUAUUUUCAAGGAAUUUUGGAAACCUGAUUGCUCUUGUAUUGUAAUUUCAAGACUAAGACUAAUUAGAUAAAUUGAAAUUUUCUAGCUUAUAAGGCAAAAUUAAACAAGUUCAGAUUCAUGAUGAUUUUUAUGAACAGCAAACAAAGCUUGUCAGUUGGUCAGUUCUUACUAAAAUUAUGUUUAUAAUUAAGUUAUAGUAAAAUUGUUUCAGUAUUAAUUUAUGGAGAAAUCAAAUUUGACUUUAUUAAAUACUGAUAGAAAUUC